GGUAAGCUUAUGUACUUAAUUUGUUUUUUAAGGAUUUAACCCCUCAAAGUUACUAAUGAAGGUAGUGGAAUAGCAGAUUUUUUACUUGGAUCACCUCCACCGUGUACUAAGUCAGUGGUGUUUAUCCUAGGGUGAAGGUGUGGAAUUCUGAAUAGGUGAGGGCAGCUGUAGACGAAGACCGACGGUUCUUGAUAUUGCCUAUGGGGAGGACAUCCUCUAGUUCCACGAGAUAGUGAUGUCAGGUUGGUGGAAAGUAAAGGUGUUGUUAAUAAUUCAAUUAAUAUUAUGGCGGAUCAGGUCCUUGCUCUGUUAACUCCUAGGCUUGUAACUCUAGUGGAGGGGAUUGUUGGACAGCAUUAGAUACUGGUUCCAAGGCGGGUCAACCAAAGAACGAUCAAGAUGUGCACACUAUUAGCACCGGUAAAGGGAGCCAGCCCCGUCAUAGUGGGAACAGUAACAAGGGUAUGAAGGUGAAUGCAGCCACAGAAAAGUGCCCAAAUGAAGAGAAGGAAUCUUCAUGUGGAAGUCAUUAGGGCAAUGGUGAACCUGUUCUUACGGUGACCCGGGAAACAACUUAUGAUAAGUGGUUAGAGACGUUUGUUAAAGGGUGGAAGGAUUUGAAGGAUGAAAACAACUUCAUUUGUGUCUUUUUGUUAAAUUUAACUUAAGUUAGAUUUAUGACAAAGAUGGAGUAGUUGUGCUUGUAAAAAUAAGUUUUAGAUGUGUUACACUUUUUUUUCUAUUGUUUUAAUGCAGGCCAGGACCGUCGAUCAUUGAAUGCAAUGGGAUGAAUGCCACAAAGGGACUGUUACGGUGUAGUAGGUCCUAGAGCGCAUCUUAGGCAUCAAUAUGUGCGGAUGGCAUCGACUUUGUACACAAAGUAUUGGAGCCCAAUGGAGUUUCUGAAUAGGAGGAAACAGAUUUUGUUGGAUCCCUCAUAAUCAGCGAAGGACAGGGAUUAUGAGAAACUUGCAAGGAAGUAUGGAAAGCCAUUGUUAACCAUCCCCACCGAUGAAAUAAGAUUAGUGUUCAUGCUUGUGCUUGAUGAGUCUGCCGAUGAUGUGGAUAAACACUGGUGGUGCCUUGUAAUGGAUUUGGUGAAGAAGCAGUUUUGGAUGAUUGAUUCCUUAUAUUGGGAUCCUUACGAAGACCACGCAGAGCUUCUUACAAAACUGGUGAAGGCAGUAGAUGUUUUGUUCCAACUGAAAGAUCCUCUGUGGGAGUUGGGAAGUUUGGACAAGUGGCCUCAGAAGGUGGUUGACAUGGUGAAGGAAACUGAUACUUUCUCCUGUGGUGUCCUAAUGCUUGGUUGCAUUAAACACUGUGCACGUAGUAGUUUUGAUACCAGUUUCCCCCUGGACAAGAACUUGCGAAAAACAUUGUUUCUAGAGGAUGCUAACAACUACUACAACGAACUCAGAGACAAGUUCGAUGACAUACGACCCAAGGAACGCAUCUGGCCCAAAAGGACAGGAUCUUCUCAACUUACUAUGUAGUUGUGUGUAGUUCAGGUUUUGAGUUGAGAUGGUAGACUAUGUGCUUUGUAAUUGACUUGUGAUGCUAAGUUUGUGUUGUUCAUCUUUUGAACUGUGAUGCUAAGUCUUUGUAGUUCAUGUUUUCAACUGUGAUGGUAGACAAUAUUUAUGGAACAAGCAAGGUAAUGUGGACUGUGGCUGUAUUUUCUGCUUGCA